UUUCCCUUUUAUUCCUGAAGUCGAAAUCCCUCGCCGCGGCGGCCACUAAACUCGAACGCCGGCGCCGGUGAUAUAUUCUCGGAGAUCAGAUCUGGUGAGUUUCCUUCGUCUUCCUUCUUCAAUUUCUCUCGGUUCGAACUAGGGCAAACCGCCAUGAGGUUCCGGUACGCCAUGGUGUGUUCGUCGAACCAGAACCGGAGCAUGGAGGCUCACUCUCUCCUCAAGAGACAAGGCUUGGACGUUUCAUCGUACGGAACUGGGUCUCACGUCAAGCUUCCGGGUCCAUCUCUUAGAGAACCCAACGUCUACGACUUCGGAACUCCAUACAAGCAGAUGUUCGAUGAUCUCCGGCGCAAGGAUCCUGAACUUUACAAGCGCAAUGGGAUUUUACCGAUGCUUAAGAGGAAUUUAUCAGUGAAACUUGCUCCUCAGCGGUGGCAAGAUAAUGCUGCCGAUGGUGUGUUCGAUGUGAUAAUGACAUUUGAAGAAAAGGUUUUUGAUUCGGUCCUUGAAGAUCUUAGCGGUAGAGAACAGUCCCUUAUGAAAAGUGUACUUGUGAUGAACUUGGAAGUCAAAGAUAACCACGAAGAGGCAGCAAUAGGUGGCCGACUCGCAUUGGAAAUCUGCCAAGAGAUCGAAGGGACUGAUUCUUGGGAAGAUUCUAUCGAUGAUAUUGUAGCGGGUUUCGAGAAACAACAUAGGCGGAAACUGGUCUAUAGCAUAUCGUUCUACUGAAGAUUUGUAUGAGUUGUCUGAAGGCAUCUAAGGGGAGAAGAUUCUCAUUCCAAUGAUUCCAUGAACAGCAGUUGUCAAGGUGAGUUUUGGAAUCUAGAAGGUUGUCAGUUGUUAGGGACAGUUUGGUUCACAGUUUGUGCAUAGUUCCUUUGUCAGCGUUCCCUAAUGUUCUCUGGUAAGAGUUAAACAUGUGAUUCUAGUUUCUAUUUUUAGUAGGGUCUUGUCUGGAUUUAAAAUCCAGACAUGAAGUUGAGAUCUUUAUGGUUUCCUUUUCUUCUAAAAGUACACAGUUACUCAAGACCGAGUUUAAUAGACAAUCAAUCCCCUGAAAAACUCGGUCUUUUGGUUUGGUUUGAUUUUAGGUCAGGUUAACAGACAUUCCUCUGUAACCGAUAUGCAGCGGUUAACCUGAUUAUUAAA